AUGGCAGAUGCAUCUCAUGCGCCGUCUACUAUUGGGCUUGGCCUCAAUCUGCCCCAGGACGCAGACAUAUCACACUUCUCUCUAAGAAGCGAGCAAUCUGCGCCACCACCCAUUCCCGUACCUAUCAUCAAGGGACCUCCUCCGCCCAGGCCAGUCCGCUUCCAAGCAACCGUCGAUGAUGACUCCGACGCAGAGACGGCAUCGCCCGUCUCGCCAAAGGAUACUCCAAGGAGAUAUCCAUACAAGCCUGCUGGUGAUUCUACGCCAGCAUCUCCCACUUCUCCUAUGUCGCCACAGACACCUCACUCGCACUCGCACUCGCACAAUAAGACAUCUGCCUCGCCAUCCUACUCCCAUCACAACGCAAGGAAAUCAUAUCCUCCGGGGACAUACGCAGUCCCCAAUACAACACUUACACCACCUUCGUCUGCAGAGUCUAGCCCCAAGCAACGGCCUACUGUGCAUUUUUCCACCAGACCACCCGUGAUACUACACCAUAGAUCAAACAGUUUAGCGUCAGAGACAUAUCCCUCACCGCCACGGUAUGGCAGUUCCCCUAAGAGUGUUAGCGAGUCUCGUGUGGCGGUGGAUAGGCAAUGGGGGGGGUUGUUUACAGAGUAUGGCGAACCAACUAGGAGGUUGGGCUCGAUACUGCGAGGAUUGGCAAAUUACAUGAUUCGAGAAUGCGAACCACGUUAUUCACUCGUCGUGACCCCAGCCAAAAUGUACGCCUUUUACAGGAAAUACAAACUCGACAAGGAACAAUUCCCCUUUCAAGGGAUAUUCGACUACCAAUCUCGCCACUGCCUUCGCAACCUAGAGCUUCUCUACCAAGACCUCUCAUGCGAAUACCACCUCAUCCAAGACCACCACCACUCCACAAGGCCCUACAUCCCGGCCCUCACACCCGCCGGCUUCCAGACCUGGUUAACGACCUUUAUCCAGUCGUCGCCAGACCACGAGGCCCAGCGACUCCAAGCCAUCCUCGCAGAUGUUCCCCUCGAAGCUGACUCCCCAGCUCACGAACGACUCCCCACCCAUCUACCCCGGCACUCACUCCCCAUGCACAGAAACGAUCGCACAUACAAAGAUAUUGUCUGCGCCCUAGACGACUGGAACAAACGCAUGGGGAGCACAUCCGAGCCCACAUCCCCCUCGUGGAGCAACAUUAUCUUCGAGGCAUUCCGGGGCACUUCUCAAGUCAGCACGGGCAGGCGCGAGAAGUACACAGAUGAGCACAAGCGGCACAAUCGACGACCAUCAGAGGAUGUUACCAUAUCGCCUGCCAAUACUUCGGCGCGGGGGCAGAAAAACAGAGACACACGGCCACCACAGCCAGUAAAUUACGUUAGCACCCGGGAUCGGGAGCCUGAGCCACGGUACUUCCCUAGCUCAAAGAGCGAACCUGCAAGGAGGUAUUCUGAGCCGUCGCCGGAGAGAAUCAAGAAUGGGUACACGAGCAGACGGCGAGAUAGGAGCCCCAAGUCUGCGAGGGCAGAGUCCAUUGAUACCGCGAGAAGACAUAAGUAUUCUACGCGCAGGGAUAGUGCUAGCUCUUCGAGGGGCCGAGGGGAUUCGAAAGGCACGUCGCCAGCACGGGCCGAUAGUUAUAGGUUCUUUCAGGGGAGGGCGGCGGGGCCAACUUAUGACGAGUUUUUGCGAGAGAAGGUGAGGGCUUGA